UGACAAUUAUUAUGGCCUAUUAUGAUGUAGGUGCUUAAACGCUGUUCCCACGGCUAUAAAUCAUGUAAGAGACAUAUGAGUUGCGCUGAUACGGAUUUACAAUGAAGUGCUAUGGACUUUUACAAUAAUGAUGUGGGUGUUCGCGCCCCACAAUACCAUCGAGACAAACAAAUAUAUCGGGUGUGCUUGUGGGAAUCCCGCAUGGUGCGCCUCGUCCGCGGCGGCAGCACCGAGCCCGCAGCCGGCGCUCGAGGGGGACCGGCUGGGGGAGUGGCUCUCCCGGCCCGCUAUUGGCUCCCGCUCGCCUCCGACCCGCGGUCUUAACCGCCCAGCGUGUGCAACGCAAACCCUCCCUUACCACCUAACAUUACGAACGAAUAUGCUGCAUCCGCGCGCACGCAGCGCGUCUCCAUAGCCCUACUCAUUGGCCCAAAAGCUGUGCGGAGCGACAUAUUAUGAUAAUAUAAAUUGACCAACCGUAGAGCAAAUUCGGUUAGUUCGUUAAAGUUGAUUAAAGUCACUUAACCGGGACGGACGCGACGAAACGAACGGCGCGCGCGUUCGUCGAUCCCGAGGGCCCGACUAAAUGAAGUCAAAUUGUUUAAUAUAGCAGUCGAUAAAUCGGUCGCAGCUCGGUGUCGGGUGUCGGAGACGCGGACGCUAGAGGUGCGGCAGGUAGCUCGCCGCGACGGAGCCCAGCGAGGUGGGAACGGAGGUAGCGGGCCCGCACCCGCCGCCAGCCGACGGCUACAUGUACGUGUGCGGGGACACCGCGCGCUACGAGUGCGCCUUCGAGCCAGGGGGAGCCAUGGAACAGCCCAGCUUCGAGGAGCACAUGUUCGGCGAGUUCGGCAAGGAGCGGCACGUGCAGGUGGUGGUGGGCGCCGGCGGCGAGCUGCAGUACCGCGACGAGCUGCCCGUGUUCGGCGAUCCUAAGCGGAAGGACGAGCCGCUGCUGCUGCAGGGCUCGGAGCACGCGUCGCAGCACCCGCUGCCGCUGCCGCACCCGCCGGCGCCCGCGCCGCCUCCCCCGCCCGCACCCUCUACCGCCACCAAGAAGAGCGAUAAGAAGAAAAACGACAACAAUGGCAUCAAGAAAAAGAAAACUAGGACAACAUUUACGGCAUAUCAAUUGGAGGAGCUAGAGCGGGCGUUUGAGCGAGCGCCCUACCCAGAUGUGUUUGCGCGAGAGGAGCUCGCGCUUAAGCUUAGCCUGUCUGAAUCAAGAGUACAGGUAUGGUUCCAAAAUAGAAGAGCGAAGUGGCGAAAGCGCGAACCUCCGCGGAAAACUGGGUACAUAGGUUCAAGUUCGCCGAGCUCCACGACCCUCGGUGGCGGAUUCUCCGGCAUCGGCGGCAACCUGCCCGCCUUCCCGCAGAACGGCAUGCCGGCGCCGGCCGACUCCUGGUCUUACCAGCACUCGUACGAGCUGCCCUCGCACCACCUGCUGUCGUCGGGCGGCGGCGGCUACCCGGGCUUUAACGCGCAGCCGGCGUACUCGUACACCACGGUCCUGAACGGGCACGACGGACAAAUGUUCGCACCGCGCCACUACGAGUACGGUGAGGGCAGCCCGCCACCGCUGGGCGUGCGCGACUACCCGAUGAUGGCGGCGCACUCGCCGCAGCUCGAGCCGCACGAGGACAAGCUGGAGUACCGCGCGCACGAGCACGAGGACAAGUACCCGCCGUGCGCGCUGCACGAGGAGGCGCCGCGCUACGCCGCGCCAGACGACUUCCCGGACAAGCACGCCGGCUACGAGCCGGAGCGCCACGCGGACCUCGCACAGCCCGUCGUUGUCAAGGUGGAGCCCACCUCUCACCAGCCGUACACCGCACUUCCCCCUUUUUUGAAUUGAAAUACUCCUUUUCGAAAAUAUCCAUGAUACAAGAAUAAUUUCGAAAAGGAGUAUUAAAUUAAGUCGAAGAGUACGAUGAUAUCGUUGGCGCCGCGAGUUGACAGGGCAGUUCGCGGGUUAGCAGCUGCCUGCGCCUGCCGAGCCUUUGCUGAUAGAACCAUGAUCGGCCUAUCAUGGCCUAUCGGCAAUGUAAAACGAUUUUAUGUAGAUUAGGCCCAGUUCUCGUGUUAUGUAAUUAUUAAUUAACUAUGAGAAAGCAUUUUAUUUCCUGAUCGUAAUAAAAGUAGGCACUCGAUAGUUAUGUAAGUUAAGAUAUAAAAAUUAAAUUAUUAGGCUGCGAUUUAUUACAAUUAUUAUGAAUGAAAUAUUAUCAAAUAUUUACUUAUACAACACACAAAAUUAAUUAAUGAGUAAGGUGCAGGGCGACAAUUUCGACUGCGGGAUAAUUUCAACUAAUCGAAAUAUCUUCCAUGUUUUACAUUAUUAAAUAGAGUGUCAUACAUGUCCAGAUAGCGAAAAUGAUGUGUGUGUGUAUUGUGUGUGACUAAUGUAAAACAUGGAAGAUAAUUCGAUUAGUUGAAAUUAUCCCGCAGUCGCAAUUGUCCCCCUGCACCUUACCUAUAGUAUUUUUUUUAUCCUCUACUAAUAAGCUCGAUGUGAGCACAAUCGUGCAAUUGAAUCUAGGAACAUUAAUUACAAAUAACCAGCUAUAAAAUUGAAUAAUUCGUUUGGAUAUUGUUGAUAUUUUGUAAUACGAAAUAUCCUCGUGCAUUCCUUGUGCCUUAUUGCUCUAGGUUAAACUUAUCAUUAGUUAGAUGACAAAAGCCUCCGGCUAACACAUGCUAGUAUAGAUAAUAUAUUAUUCCACUUUUACUAUUGUAAGUUAGCCGUUUUUUACUUGAACAACUUAUUAAGGUAGUUACUAUUGUUGCAUUGUUUUAUUGUCACGAUUAGCUGAAUUGGCAAACAUAAAUUAAGUAUUUUCUAACUUCUUAUGUUUUUCAGUCCUAGUAAUGUUUAGAACAGUUACAAAGCCUUUAUGUAAUAAUCAUAGUUCGUUUUUUUUGCAUUAGAAAGAAGGUAAGCGAUCUUGACGUAUGUACCUAUCUUUUUGAAGUGAAAACUUCUUUAGCGGCGCUGAGCACUUUUUGUGAUGGGGAAAAAUUGUUAAACUCGUAGCAGGUGUCACGUGACCGUAAGACGUAACCCUCUCUUUCUACCGCGCGGCGAAAAUGUAUGCCUGAGCCUGCUGUUUCGUUUAGGCGGCGCAGGGCGCUUGCGUGACGUCACGUGUGUCAUUGUGUUUUUCUUUUUUGAUUUAAAUGCCAUCUGGUGAGUUUCCCUCAAACUGGUAUUAAUAUAACCAAAGAGAAUAGAUAGUAUAGAGGGGUCCUGUCAUAGUAAAUUUUGUAGUCACAGUAAAUUUACUGCCAUCUAUCGACACACGACCAAAACUCAAAAUGAAAACGUAUAAAACUAUCAAAAAAUUAAUAUAUAUGGAUAAAUGAUUUUAUUAUUUUUAUAUCAUUUUGACCCAUGUUCAUUCACUGAUAUCUACCUAUGUGUUAAAAUUGUUAAAUAUGAAACGGUGUCGUCACGCCAUCUAGCCGAGGAUAGGCCAAAGGUGUAUGCGCCAUCUGUCUGAGAAUGACUUUUUCUUGACUUCCGAGGCACGUUUUUUCCUUAGACUUUAUUCAUCUUAUACGGAGUUACAUAUGUCUUUGAUAUAACUCUAGUAUUCACAGUGAUGUGCUUAGGGGUUUCAAGUAAUGCGACGAAAUAACGCUAGAUGGCGUUAACCUCAAUUAUACAUAGUGCUGCAGACAUUUUGCACUAGAUGGCGCCGUUAUUAAUAUUUUGAGUUACAAUGUCGUUGAGUUUUCACUUCUGCCAGCACUCCCGGAUUGAAAAACGCUUUUGAAUAUUAUAAGUCACAGCAAAAAUGUAACAAUUAUAAAUCACAUACGACCAUUUACAUUCUUUUGCUUUCAUAACUAUUACUUAUCUUAUAUAAAGAAUGUACGUAUUAGGUACUAAUUUUUAAAAAUUGUUUUUCAAACAAAAAGACACGUCAAGAUUGUUUACCUUUUUUCUAAUGCUAAAAAACGAAGUAAGUUAUAUAAUGGGCGUAGUGGUGGGUGCUUCGUAAUUAGUAGGACGUACCUACUGUUGCUGGGAUGAUUACCAAAUAUUUGUAUUAUAAUGCUACUUUUUUCUUUAACUUGCCUUUUUUUAACAAGUCUACAGCUAAAAGAGCCAAAGAACAGUAAUGAUUUAAUUGUAGAUAAGAGUCAUAAAUGUAAAUAUUAGGAAAUUACGUGAAUAAAGUGUGCCAACCGUUUAAGAUCUACCUAAUGACGUUUGACUUUUCAAUCAAAUGCAUAUUUACAAUUAUGCAAAGAUAUUUAGCAAUAGAAGACUAUUAAUAUUAUACAUAUAAAGAAAUGUAUGGAUUUGUAAGUUUUAUAGGUUUAGUUUAUAUCAUUUACAUAUAUUAAUUUAAGUAAAAGUGGCAGAGUAAAAAAAUCAUUAUACAAUAUUUGUACACUCAAAAAAAUAAAACAGAUCUCCUUGUUUGAUGUAGUUAAUUAAUUGACGAAUUGUUAAUGAAGAAAAGGUAAUAAUAGGUAGAUUGUUAGUACUUUUAUACAAAGUUUUUACUUUAAACGACAUAGUUAAGUAGGAUAAACAAAUAUUAUUUAAGGGAAGAGUAUGUAACCGUAGCUAUACAUUAUUAUUACGUUUUUACUUUCUGCAUGUCUAUGUUUACAUUCAUAAAUAUUUUUAGCUUAAGAUUUUAAAAGCAAUAAUGGAUUAAAAUUUAAUGCACGACGUUUGAGAGAUCGCAAAUGGUGACGCCAGACCGUAGAUUUACAGGAAUGUUCAAUAAUAUUAAUGAUGUGCUUAAA